AUGGCCACCACCGGUGAAAACAUCGACGAACAUGGUUUCAUGUCUAUACAGCAGACCCUGGAAUCACCUGUCGAUCGAAGUGCUGACGUCUCGCACAACCACUGCUUGGACGGUGCUUCGGGUACUAUCGCCGUGAACGAUCAGUCAUGCGAGCAGGACGCCCUGACCUUCGACUUACAUCCACCUUUCGCUAGACCAAUACUUCCCAGGCGCGACCAUAGAAAGGAUGUUGCUUCCGACUGGGAAUCUAUUCCUCCUCACGACCUUUACAGAGACUCCGACAGCAUCAUGGCGGGCAUGCGGACUUGUGCCAAAUUAAAGCGACAGGCGCAGAACAGGGCUGCACAACGGGCCUACCGCGAACGCAAAUUGAAGCAAGUCGCCGAACUAGAAACGCAGGUAAAAGCCCUCGAGAACAACCUUGAAUGCCUUCGCGCAGAGAACAAGCGCUUGAAGCAGCAACUUCACAAAACAAGAGAUCACGAGGACCGCAUCAAUCACAGCCCAGACAAUGGAAUCGCUUCCCGCUACGAAACCAGAAGACCAUCUGGACACACCAUCCGUCGAACGUCUGAAUCAACGUGCGAGGGUCCGAUCUCAUGUACGAAGCGGACUACAGCUGAAGCCCCCAUGGCAGAUGUCAAUUCCCAUGACACCUCCGCAUCAGCUAUGUGGGCUUUGAUCCAGUCAUAUCUGCGCCGCCAGCAGGAUGACUUCAUCGAAGCAGUCUGGAAGAGGCUCAAAGACAUGGAAUGUCAUCAGUGCCAUGAAGUUCUUGCUCUCCAACACGAAGACAUGAUCGAAGUCUUCAAAGACAGCGGGAGUUGUGUGGGAGUUGGGGUUGUUCAGCCCGGCGACUACUCGAAAGGACUAGUCUAA